AUGCCUGCACCAGCACCCGCCAUCUUCUCCCACCUGACGGCCUUCCUCUCGCCCCUCGUCCCGCUCGACACUCGACUCGCGUGGAUCUCGCACGGCGGCAAGCUCGCAACCCACUCCCAGGUCGACAAGGACCACUGCAGCAUCGACCUCUACUUGGCCAACUACCUCGCCCGCACCCUCGAUACGCUCGUGCCCCGCCUCGAAGCACUCGGCAUACAGCUCCACGACUCGGCCUGGAUCACCGCCUGUCUCGCCAGCCACCACCUCGUCGACCGCCGCCCCUUCAGCUUCCCCGCCCUCGACCUCGACUCGAGCCCGCUCGCCCAGCCCGACCCGGCCCUUCUGGCCCCAGACCACUCGCCCGCUCUCUCGCACGACACCCCUCACUCGGUCUCGCCUAGCUCCACCCGCCGCAGCACGUCGACGCACGCAGUACCGCGCUCGAGGACGACGACCACGACCACGACGCACGACCUCGCCACGCCCCUGACGACCGCAGCACACAGCACCAACUUCCGCCAGCCGUCACCAGCGUCUCCCGAGUCGAGCCCCGCCAUGGGCGCCCAAGCCCUGUCCAUGUCGGACGCCGAGGUCGAGCGCCUCCUCCUCGAGCGCGCCGGCCCCACCAGCUUCCUCGGCAAGUUGCAGGCCGCUCGAGCCGGCCAGUCGACCGACGACGACAACGACGACGUCACGAUGUACCCGUCGCCUGUCCGGAGCGUGCAGCACCGCCUGUCGAGCUCCGAGUCGCAGUUUGCCGACCUCGAGGACCUCGAGGACGGCCACCUCACGCCCUCGUCCGGCACGCUCUCGCGCCACUCGCGCUCCGCCUCGCCUACCGCCAAGAACGACCACGGCCCCGCUCGCGCCGAGAACGACGACGCGCCGACCUCGGUCGCCGCCUUUUUCACCCAGCCGCUCGUCGAGCAGGGAGGAGGUCCGCCCGUCUACGACGCCGACGCGCUCGUUGCGCUCUUGCGGCGGCAGGGUUCGGCGCCGAAGGAGCAGGCUGAACGGGUCGUGCACGGCGAGGGCGGGUGGACAGUGCGGCGUCGGGCUCGAGGAGGGACGAGGGACGAAGGGUAG